AUGUUAUGUAUCUAUAUAAGUAGUAUAGAAAUAAAUGUGAAAAAAUUAAACCAUCUUGAUAAUGUAACAAACAAUAAUAAUGAUGAUCUUGAUCAUGAUCAUGAUCCAAUGAAGAAUGGUAUCAAUGAUAUUAUGAAAGUCAUAGAAAUAUUGAAUCAACUUUCUAUGAAAGAAUAUACAUCUAUGGAUGAUCCUAAUGAUGAAGAACAAAAAGAUGGUGACGAUAAUACUGUGGAACUUCUUCGUUAUCCACGUUCAAUUACAUUCAUUUCAUCAUCAUCAACAUCAACAUCUAAAUUCAAUUCUGAAUAUCAAGAUAUACCAUGUCAUUUUCAAUGUAUCCUAAGGUCGAAAAGGAAUCAUCAAGAAAUCAGAAAAAUUUCUAAAACUACAUUACAUUUACCAAAUAAAAAGACUGCUAUAUUAGAUUGUUACAAUUCUACGACAACGACGAUGGCGACGUCGAUGAUGACGACUACUUCGUCACCAUUAUUGAAUAUUGAAUGGAAACAAUCAAUCAUAAGUCAAUGUGUUCGACAUUUUACCAAACGUUUAUUACAUCUUAUCAUUGGAACCUUAUCGAACGAUUCAAAUAUGGUGGAGUGGUUUAUAUUCACUUCCAAUCAAUUCAGUAGCAGUAUAUACGAUGCUAUUCAAGCAUAUAUUCAAUCAACAACCGAUCUAUAUAUCACCUUUACAAUACCAAUCUAUCGUUUAGAUAGAAAUGACUUCAAUAGAUUAUCACCAUGGUUAAGAUAUAUCUCCAUAGAUGGUAAACAAUUACGUUAUAUAGAUGUUAUGGUUAUAGCUAAUUUAACAUUAGAUUAUUUUAUAUUACAAGAUUGUAUUCGAAAGGAUGAAAUUAUAAUGAAUCCCUUAGUAACAACAUUACCCGAUUCACGUAUUGAAUUAUAUAAUAAACAUCUGGAUUGUUUAGUUUAUUGGAUUUAUUCAUGUCCAAAUUAUUCAUCAUUUAUAUUAAUAGCUGAUCUGAAGACUCAGCGAAGAUACUGUAGAAUAUUCAAUACUGUUGAACCAUCCAUGGGAGGAUCGUCGUCUACCAUAGAAGUAAGUACGAUGCAACCAUUAGUGAAUAAUUUACGAGCUAAACGAUCAUUAAAACGUAAUAAACCUAAAUGGUCAAUAUUACAUCAGUCUAAUGAAGAAACACCACCAUCACUACCACCACCACCAACAACAACAACAACAACAAGAAUGUCAACAUUGAAAAGAUCUUCCAUGGAACCUUCAGUCAGUCGUAGUCCAUCGGAAUCAUCAGAAUCUAAGAUGGUCAAUCAUUCAAAUGCAUCUACAAUGAACAAUCAAGCCUUAUUAUCACCUAUUAAAGAUUGUACUUCAAUAGGGAGGGAUUUACAACAAUAUCUAAAUGAUCAUUGUGAACAAAAACUAACAUGGUUAACCAAUAUCAUCACAAUACUACUUAUUAUUUUAUUAGUAGUCAUAAUCAUACUAUUUGGAUUAUUAUUUAUAUUUAGUUAUUUUAUAAAACAAUAUUUAUUAUUACAACGUGAAAAUAAAAUAAGAUGA